AUGCCUGUGGAAAAGUUAAAUGAACCGAUGUUAAUGUUUUGGAGUUGUUCAUCAGAAGAUGUAACAACUACAGCCUUAUUUUGGCUUUUAACCUAUUUGUUUGUCCCUAUUUGCUACUCUAGUAGAAAUGUGUUGCUGCCAUCAUGCUCAGAAUGGAAAGAAAUUAGUAGACGUGUUCGCUACUCCCAUCACAUGUGUAUUACACGCGUUCCUCAAACUGACAGUUUAAAUGAAAAUACUAACAGUUGCAUUUAUUCUUGGUUUCCAGAGGCAGCGUAUGGUCUUCGCCUAACAGUGACUGUAACUCCUAAUAUUCCCAAAAAUAGCAAUUAA